GUUUUCCAUCCGGGAGUCGGGGUAAAAUCGGGCUUUAAACGGAAUAUGUUGUUUAAAUCCAGCAGAUGGCAGUCUGCACUUGGUUAGCAUGAGGAAAACCACAAGAAGAACAAGUGGCAAUGUUGUGAGGCAAACAAAUGGAGAACAAAUCUGUCAUUUGGGAUAGUAUUAUGAUAAUUAGAGAUCCUUUGUCAGGUUUCUCCCGCUGAGUUCUGUGUGCUUUGGAGGGAACAUGUUGGAAAAAGAAGCCGAUAAGGGGAAGGAGAAUGCCGGGGAAAAAGGCUUCCGGACGCCUGGGUUGAGAGGAGCACAGACCACCACACUGUUCCGUGCUGUCAAUCCUGAACUCUUUAUAAAACCGAAUAAACCAGUGAUGGUAUUUGGGCUGGUGGCCAUCACCUUGAGCGUGGGUUACCUGGGCUAUCUGCACGCCAUGAAAGAAAAUGACCAGCAGCUUUAUGAAGCGAUAGACAGCGAAGGAGAGAGAUACAUGAAGAGGAAGACUUCCAAAUGGGACUGAUGGAGAUCUAUGCUGCGCUGCAUCAAACAGGCUGUUUAUUGGUGUUUCAACAGAACAAACAACCAAGAAGACAAAUUGUAUCAUGUCCAAAUAUAUUCUGUGGUUAAAAGCAUAAUAAAUGUGGAACCCACAAAGUA